UCCAAACAGUGGCAUAUACCGUAAUAAUCUCAAAACCCAAGCCCAGUGUCGUUCAACUACCUUAUUAGUACCUCUUUUGCCUCCCCUUUCUCCACUCUACUUCACCCACCACACUUCUUCUCCGACUCAGAUCUCACCUCGACAAUGCAGCUGCUCCGCCCGGCAACCAUGGCGGCUCUCGCGGCAGCGCUGCUCCUCCUCACCAUGGCUUCUACCACCACAAACGCCCACAACAUCACCGGCAUUCUCGCCAAGCACCCCGAGUUCUCCACCUUCAACCACUACCUCACCCUCACCCACCUCGCCGCCGAGAUCAACCAACGGACCACAAUCACCGUCUGCGCCGUCAACAACGCCGCCAUGGACGACCUCCUCUCAAAACACCCAUCAAUCACCACCGUCAAGAACAUCCUCUCCCUCCACGUCCUCCUCGACUACUUCGGCGCCAAGAAGCUCCACCAGAUCACCAACGGCACCGCCCUCGCCGCCACAAUGUACCAAGCCACCGGCACCGCCCCGGGCUCCGCCGGAUUCGUCAACAUCACCGACCUCCGCGGCGGGAAAGUCGGAUUCGGCGCCGAGAACAACGACGGCACCCUCUCCGCUUCGUUCGUCAAAUCCGUAGAGGAAAUCCCCUACAACAUCUCCAUCAUCCAGAUCAGUAAGGUUCUUCCCUCCGCCGCAGCAGAAGCCCCUGCACCCGCACCCGCUCAGCAGAAUCUCACCGCCAUUAUGUCCAAGCACGGUUGCAAGAUCUUCGCCGACACUCUCUCCGCCACGCCGGACGCGUACUCAACCUUCACCGACAACCUCGACGGUGGGUUAACCGUUUUCUGCCCCGUCGACGACGCAUUCAAGGCGUUCCUACCCAAGUUCAAGAACCUCACCGCCGCCGGGAAGGUCUCGCUGCUGGAGUUUCACGCUGUUCCGGUUUACCAGUCCAUUGCUACGCUGAAAUCCAGCAAUGGGGUUCAGAACACGCUCGCCACCGACGGCGCCAACAAGUACGACUUCACCGUACAGAACGACGGCGACAAGGUCACGCUCAAGACCAGGGGAGUCACCGCCAGGAUCAUCGACACGCUUAUCGACGAGCAGCCCCUCGCGAUCUUCGCCAUUGACAAGGUUCUACUCCCCAAGGAGCUCUUCAAGGCUGCGGAGGCGCCGUCGCCUGCUCCGGCGCCGGAGCCUUCUGCUGCGGACGCUCCUAAGGCGGCGAAGAAGAAGAAGAAGCCGAAGACGAAGGCGGCUGAUGCACCCGCAGAUGAUAGCUCCGACGCGCCUGCUGAUUCGCCGGAUGAUGCCGCCGAUCAGACCGCCGACGACAGUAACGGCGCCGUUAGGUUUGACGGCGGCGGCGUUGUCAUGGGUUUGGCUUUAAUGGUUGGUUUUCUACUGCUGUGAACUUAGAGUAACACCGUAACUCGACUUUUACUUAUAUUUAUUUGUUUUUUUUUUUUGAGAUAUUUCUAGCUUUUUCUUUUAGUUAGGAAAAAAUAAAAGGAAUUUUAUAUGCUAUUCCUUUUUAUUUUCCUUUCUUUUUUAUAAUUUUGGGUUGCAGCAGGUGUGUGGAUUUUUAUUUUUAUCUGAUUUUUAUUAUUGUACUUGAUAAUUGUUGUAAUUUUGGUGGUUUGAGCUGAAAAUGUUAAUGUUAAGUGUUAACAUUUGUUUA